GAGCCGGUUAAUAGUUUGUUGCGUGCUUCUCACUAAAUCACUUGGUUUAAACGGAAUAAAUACUAUAAAUACAAGUAUGGCUAUUAAAAUAAAAUACUAAACUUGAUUAAUCAUUGGUAACGAAGUUGUUGGGCGUGAUAGGUAUACAACAAAAGAUUUUCGGGCCCAAAAUCAUCGAUUUUACGAACAUAACAAAUUACAUUCGAACCACACAGUCUUGAAACGAAGAAACGAUUCCUCCAUACAGAUGCGAAUAUGAUAGUCAAGAGUGGAGUGAUAUUGAUGCUGGUUGUUUUAACAGAAUGCCAAAGAGAUGCUCCAAAUAUCGCAAUCAGCUUAAGAGCUUUACGUCCAAAAGGAUUUCGUGCCUAUAUCACUGCGGAGGCAAAUGAAACUCAGUUUCUGUUCUUUAAUGCUAUACUUUAUGAAGAUAUGGAAAAAGCAAUAAAUUCCGGCUCAGACAUCGGUUUAGUAUUCGGCGCUGCAACAAGACAAGCAGGGGACGCAUUUAAAUGGAUAUUUGAAGAUCUACAUGUCCCUAUAGAUAUAGGAACGGUGAUAAGGUACGGCGUUUUUAUCCCCGAAGAACUCCCAACAGGAGCCAAUGAAUAUGGACAAGCCAAUCUUACAUUCACCGGAAAGCUACCUGACUAUCAACUCUUUAGAGUGACUGCUCUACAAGACCCUUUAGCUCCUCCUCCGCAUUGCUUACCGUCUGUCACUAAAGUCCGUGGCAAACAAGUUUGCGCUGGUGACGUCAUAUUCGAAGACAAUUUUGACACGCUCCAAGAAGACGUGUGGCAGAUCGAGCAAUAUAUACCCACAGAUCAUCCUGAAAAUCCAUUUGUGUCAUACCAAAGCUUAACCUCUGAUCCUAAUGUUUUCGUGCGAGAGGGAAAGUUGCAUAUCGAACCAAAACUUCAAGAGAACUUAAUGAGGCGAAACAGUCAGUCAAUUCAAACUGGAACUCUUGAUUUAACAGAUGGUUGCACAAGAAGGCAAUGCUCAAAGGUGGCUUUUGGGCCGGAUAUAUUACCGCCGAUAGUGAGCGGUCGACUGACCAGCAUGCCUUUCGCCUUCACCUACGGAAUUGUUCACAUAAGAGCCAAGUUUCCCCGAGGCGAGUGGCUAUAUCCUGAAUUACUCGUAGAGCCAUUAUUCAAGAAGUACAGCGGUGAAAAAGACUUGGCAAAUAUAUUAAAGGUAGCAAAAAUUACAGAGGAUUACGUUGGUGUUGAGAGUUUUCUUAAUGAUGGAAUGAAUCGUGCUUGUCAACCACAUGAAUUCAACCGAACUUAUAUGAUAUUCUUCGAUAGGACUGAAGAUUUUCAUGAAUACAAACUGAAAUGGACACCAGAUACAAUAGAACUAUCUGCAGAUGACACUGUGUAUGCGCGAGCCGAUAUGCGGCGGAUACAGCAUUGCUUCAAAGAUAUUUUCCCCGGAUUCGGCCCUGAUUACCACGAUUUCCGUCACCUGACCCUGGGUUUAGCAGUUGGAGGCACGUCCAUGUUCAGUGACUCCGUGGUCACCAACGCCGGCCACGCCAAGCCUUGGCGCAACGUUGAUGCCAAAGCCAGCCUCAAUUUCUGGCGGAACAAACACCGAUGGAUGCCGACUUGGGCUUCCCCAGGCCUGGAGAUAGACUUCGUUAAAGUUACAGCUUUAUAAAGCUGUUCAAUCUAAAUAAAUGUGUCAUAGAUUAUUA